AAAUGGUACUUAACUGAUUGAAGUUGUCACACUUAAACGUGCACAUUGAGGGAAAAUCAGAAUCUUCAGAUGUGUUUUUCUUAAUGUCUAUCUCGUCUGUGAGCGCGUCUUGGGCGAAAGCGCACUAGUCUAGAGUGGCUAACUUUUGGAAGUCACUAUGGCGUAUCCUCAGGGCUUUCUGUUCCAGCCGUCGGUUUCGCUGGCUCUACAUUCCUGCCCCACGUUUAGUCCGAGUAUGUUGUUAGGACCAAGGACAGAGGAACUUGGACGGUCGUCUUCAGGAUCAGCUUUCGCGCCGUACGCCGGAUCUGCGUUCAAUAGUUCGUCGCCUGGUUUCAACUCUCACCUUCAGUACAGCGGAGAGCCUAGAACUGCAGCUUCAUUGAAUUCGUUUGUGGGUUCUGGAUAUGAUCCGUCGUCAGGAAUCACCGGUUCUUUAGAAUAUCACCCUUUUGGUGGGGCCCUAGGGCCUUAUGCAUAUGGAGACCCAGCAUACCGUAAAAAUGCAACAAGAGAUGCUACGGCAACUCUCAAAGCAUGGCUCAACGAACACCGCAAGAACCCGUACCCGACCAAGGGCGAGAAGAUUAUGCUGGCCAUCAUCACUAAAAUGACUCUGACCCAAGUAUCCACCUGGUUCGCAAACGCCAGGAGGCGGUUAAAGAAAGAGAAUAAAAUGACAUGGACCCCCAGGAACAGAAGUGAGGAUGAGGAGGAAGAUGACAACAUUGACCUGGAGAGAAAUGAUGAGGAUGAAGAACCGCUAAAACACCCCGAGGAAACUGGGUCUAAAGAAACAGUUGGACACCACCCAAAUCCGGGGGGAAUCGCUUCUGAGAAAUACCAGGAGGACAGUAACAUGGACCACGUUGCGCCAACAGAUUCGGAUAUAAAAGACCAUGGUGAUAGAAGGCUGUCUGAAAGACUGGGGCCUGUGUCAGAGUCCCCCCAGACUGCGCAACUUGGGGUGGAGAGGAUAUCAGAGUCACUCAGCCCUGCCAGUCCAUCACCGAGGCGCACCUUUGACCCUAUUCCGAGCAAUGCAGCCUCGGUCAUUCACGCACCCCCUUCUGCCCCCAAACCCAAACUGUGGUCGCUCGUUGAGAUUGCAACUUCGUCGGACAAAUGUAAAGGAAUUAGCGACACUUCCCAGAACACUGGAAUUGGACAUCGCGCUGACAUCACCGUGCGUGCUGCCUCACCAUCGCGGGCCUUUCCUCAGAGUGCGGCGCUCUCUAGACACGUUUAUUACACGUCCCCGCUCUUCACGGGUUACUCGAACUAUGGCGCUUUUGGACACCUCCACAGUAACCCCGGACAAACCGCCCACACAGUGACGCAGUUAAACGGAAUACAUCAAACAAUGUUACAGAGAGCAGAGGCUAUGGCGAGAGACAGUAAAGUCAGGAGUCAAACUCGGCUUGAUAUUUGUAAAGAUUUAACAUACGAACUAAAGAAAGGUAUGACACAUAUUUAACAUGCAAUUCAUCUGGUAAGAUAAAUAGACAUCUAUUUAUUACAACAAACUAGAAAACGUAAGUGGCGGGGAAAUGAUAUUGGGCCUGUUUAGCUUUGAAUGUCAAACGAAACAUUCAUAAGGAAUUCCUUUUU